AAAUGGAACAAAAAAUGUUGGGAAGCGUCGCAUCUCAAGCCUGAGCACCACCUUCAAAGAACAUUUUGUGGGCCGGAGUUAUGCGGCCUUGAAACAGGGGCCGGGCAAUAUUUUUCAUCAAGAGGAACUUCACCGGAUUUUUCACUCGGAUCUGGCUCGAGGCGAGACUCUCCUGGAAGUGGGCGUCGGCCCGAUUGCCUGGUACUCUUUCAUGUCCUCCAGUCGGUUCAGCGACAUCGUGCUGAGCGACUUGGUCGAGGACAACAGAAUGGAGCUCACAAAGUGGCUGGUCAAAAGCGAAGAUGCAAUCGACUGGACCUCGCGUGCUGAGCAAGUGGCCGCCUUGGAGGGCUACAGCGACGUCAAGAAGGGAGCGCUAGACAUUAUGGAGCGCACGCGGUCUUCCAUCCGAAAAGUGGUGCCCUGCAAUGUCCUGGAACCCGGAGUGCUCCCAGAAGAACACGGGGAAGCCUUUGACGUCGUUCUUUCCUGCAACUGCCUGGAAAGUGCGACGGUAGACCACGAAUCCUUCCGCAGGGCGGUUCUCAACGUAGGAUCACUCGUGAAACCCGGCGGUUUGCUUGUUUUGGGUGGUAUGGGAGGCCUAGACAGCUAUUUCAUGGGAAACGCUGAUUUCAUUAUGGCAAACGUAACCAGUGACGUGGUUAAGGAAGUGGUGACAGACGCAGGCUUCGAGAUAAAUGAAUAUCUUACCAUGGACAUUGACUUGAGAGGAAAAAAUGACGCGUUUAUGUUCAUUCUGGCGGCUCAAAAACCUUGAGUCGGACAAUGACACCCCCGACAUCACUCUGUGCGGUGUACCUCCCUUGACCACUUCUACGUAGCCUCCUCCGCGACAUGCAUUCAAAGAUCGAGUGAAUGUUUUAU